AUGCAUUACCGCCACGAAGAUAUUUUGGUGCCACACGUGCGGAAUAACCAUUCCCUCGGUGUCGCUGCAUCAGAUGCGAAAUAUGAACAAUCCAUCGUUUGGCCCUUCCUCAUUCAGAAUGCGAUGGAAAAUCCGCUUUGCACCUCGACUACAUCAACGACAUCGACCGUAUCCGUACUGCUCUGGACGACGAUUGCGGUGUUCGGGAUUGUUUACACCUUGCUGGGAUAUCGAUGCCUACGAGCGAUAGGAUUCCUCACCGGUUUAGCAGCCGGUGCCGGUUGUAUAGUGCUGUUGCAGAACAAAAACAUAACCGGAUUUGGCAACCUAGCGGCACCAGCAUUGGCCGUUGUUGCUGGUCUAUUCGGUGCAGUACUCGGUUCGACACAUCCCAUCUCAUCCACACUGAUAGGAGCUUCCGCUGGUGCAUUAGUAGCCGGGGCCACGAUUGCCGCCUGCAUAGCCACGUUACCUCAUUACAUAUUUGGUGAAAACGAGCUGUUCGUAUCCGUCGUCGGUGGAGCCAUCAUUUGUGCCAUUGUGACACUGUUCUGUCCAAAGUUUAUGUCCAUCAUUGCAUCCAGCAUUAUCGGUUCGGCCAUGAUACUUUGCUCGAUCGAUUUCUUUAUGCACGGACUGAACACGCUUGACUGGAUCUUUAACAUGAAGCCAGACCCAACGCCCCCACCGUGCUGGGGCGGUGUGAUCCUGUGCUGUUGGCCCAUCUCGUCCGUGCUUGGUGUGCUGGUGCAGAGCUUUGUAACCGCCUGGAAAAUCGACCACCGGCGUCAGCUACAUCACCGCCGGAGGCGACACUACAAGGGCCGGUCGGGUUCGAGAUCGCGCGAAACCCGGGAAGAGGCCCGCCAGCGCAAGUAUCGCUAUCUGUAUCAGGUUCGCACUGCCCGGGGCGAUAUUAUCUCGCAGAAUUUUGUGUCCGCCCUACAGAAGCAUGUUACCACGGAUUCCGGUCCACCGUCGGAAGUGUCCACGAAGCUAGGUUCGAACGAUCGCAAUACAGCCCGCAGUGACCGCACCCAUCUGACCAACCUGCCCGACUCCGACUUCGAUAAGAUGGAUUCGAGCUGCGAGAAACGUUGA